AUGGGUGCCAGCGCUAAAAGAAAGAAGGAGAGGCAACAGGACUUCCAGAAACCCAAACUCAAGGUCGGCAAGGCCAGAGCCAAACCGGAUAACUUCACCGAUACCAGCUUCCGAUCCAAAGCGAUCGUCCUCACCCAACAAUCCCUUCAACUCACAGCCCCCACUUCCAAUGCCGUAUUCUCUCACCAUCUCUCUCUCCUCACAUCCAAAUCCGACAGCCAACGUCGCGACUCUCUCGCUCACUUGACCUCUUCAAUCGCCUCCCGACCCGUCAACUCACCCCUCCCUCAACCUGUCAGCGUUAUGCUUCCUUCUCUCCUCCCGCUCCUCCUCGACGGAAGCAACAACGUUCGCACCCAGCUCCUCAAACUUUUGCGCACUCUCCCGUCCUCCGAUGUAGAGGACCACGUCGUCCAAGUCCUCCCUUACGUCCGCGCAGGCAUGACCCAUCUCGCAGCUGACAUCCGUGUCUCAUCCGUGGAGGUCCUAUCAUGGCUUGUCGAGGCCGCAGGCGAGCAGGUCGUGUCCUGCGCAGGCGGUUGGAUCAAAACGAUGAAUUGCUUCCUGUCUGUGCUUGGAUGGCACACCGAGGAAUCGGCGCGGUGGUCGUCUAAUCGGGCUUCCUUUGGAAAAUCUGGCAGUCAGGGACGGCCGAUGGUGAAGGUAUUAGGUGCGCUGGCCGAUUUUUUGGAGGCUGGUGUUGGGGAGCCAAGCACUGCGAGUGUUGAUCAGCAGAUCGAGACGGAUGUUGAUUCCGCUUGGCCUUUCCCGUUGUGUCAGACGGGUCACCAUAUGGUUUCGGAUUCUUCGACUCCGUUCACUUAUUUGAAUCUGUUUGGGCAGCCUCGUGAUGCGGAGGGCGAGAUGUAUGAGACGAGGGAGGAUCGGUUCCGCGUUUUUGCGACCCGCUUUUUGCCGGCCGUUGAUCGGGGCUUGAAGAGUGCGAGGGAGGAAGGUGGAGAGCUGGGUCGGGCUUCUUCUGGCGUGUCUAAGGUGCUUAAGGGAGCUCUGUCUUAUGGGCCCGGGCCGUGA